GAAUGUUAUGCUUUACUCUGUGAUUGAUCUUUUGGUUUUACUUUGUUAAUCAGAGGAAAUGAUAGAUGAAGUUGCUCGAAUUAGAGACAAGUACUUUGAAAGAUUUCCGAAGGCAAAGAUUGAUCAGAUAGGGUUGGGCAAGUCAGACAAGUUUGACUCUUUGGUGCCACCAGUGACCAACGGCAAGACUCCGGAGGAGGAAGCUAGUGCAGAGACGGAGGCUUCUGUGGAAGCACAAGAAGAAGUUGCCGCAGCCACCGAGGUCUAGGUUGGAGCUGGUUGAGAGAUACACUACAGAAGAAGAUAUAAACGUACGUGAUGUUU